UCACUUUGUAUCGACAUGCUGUUUUCUAUUCUGCUCCACUGUCAGAUGAGGCUCUGGCCUGCGGUCUGACGGGCCUCACGUCCCCGAGAAACGUUUGAGAAAUGUCUCAUCCGUUUGCGGAAGAGACGAGAGUCGGCAGCCUAAGCAAAACAGAUAAACCAUCAUGAUUCCCAUCACAGAGCUCCGGUACUUUGCUGACACCCAGCCAGCGUACCGCAUCCUGAAGCCAUGGUGGGAUGUUUUCACCGACUACAUCUCAAUCGUCAUGCUGAUGAUUGCGGUGUUUGGUGGGACUCUGCAGGUCACGCAGGACAAAAUGAUCUGCCUACCUUGCAAGUGGGUGAACAUCAACAAUUCAUGCAGGACCGUGGAAUCCCUGAAUAUCACCCCCGUCUCUAUAUUGGAGCCCAAGGGCAUUCAGUACAACCUUGACCGACAUCAGUAUAACUACGUGGACGCUGUCUGCUACGAAAACAAGCUACACUGGUUUGCCAAAUAUUUUCCCUAUUUGGUGCUUCUCCACACCCUCAUCUUUCUGGCCUGCAGCAAUUUCUGGUUCAAAUUUCCCCGCACGAGCUCCAAACUGGAGCACUUUGUUUCCAUCCUCCUCAAGUGCUUUGAUUCUCCGUGGACAACGAGGGCUUUGUCCGAAACCGUGGUGGAGGAGAGUGACCCCAAGCCAGUGGGAAAAAUGAACGGUUCGAUGGACAAGAAGGCCUCGAGCGUGAGCGAGGACGUUGAAGCCAGCGUGCCGAUGCUUCAACGGACAAUGUCCAGAAUCGAACAAGGGAUUGUGGAUCGUUCUGACACUGGAGUUUUGGAUAAAAAGGAAGGAGAGCAGGCUAAAGCCCUUUUUGAGAAGGUUAAGAAGUUCCGGAUCCACGUGGAGGAAGGUGAUAUAGUAUACCGUCUUUACAUACGUCAGACGAUCAUCAAGGUCAUAAAGUUCAUACUUAUAAUCAGCUACACAGUCUACUAUGUAGGAAAGAUCAAGUUCAAUGUACUGUGCACAGUGAACAUUGAGAAACUGACAGGCUACAGCGUGUUUUAUUGUGCUCACCCAUUAGCAACCCUUUUCAAGAUCCUGGCCUGUUUCUACAUCAGCUUGGUGAUAGUUUAUGGUCUCAUCUGCAUGUACACUAUCUGUUGGAUGGUCACCCGCUCUCUCAAACGAUACUCCUUUGAAUCAAUCCGUGAGGAAAGCAGUUACAGCGACAUCCCCGACUUGAAGAAUGACUUUGCCUUCAUGCUGCACAUGAUAGAUCAGUACGACCCUCUUUACUCAAAGCGCUUCGCUGUGUUCCUGUCGGAGGUUAGCGAGAACAAGCUGAGGCAGUUGAACCUAAACAACGAGUGGACGCUAGAGAAGCUGAGACAGCGCAUCACCAAGAACUCCCAGGAUAAGCUGGAGCUCCAUCUCUUUAUGCUCAGCGGUAUUCCAGACACAGUUUUUGAUCUGGUUGAGCUGGAGGUGCUCAAGCUGGAGCUCAUCCCAGAUGUAACUAUUCCACCAAUCAUUGCUCAGCUUUCCAACCUGAGAGAGAUGUGGCUCUACCACACGCCGGCUAAGAUCGAAGCGCCAGCUCUAGCUUUCCUGAGAGAGAACCUGAAGUCACUCCACAUCAAGUUCACUGACAUCAAGGAGAUCCCCCUGUGGAUAUACAGCUUGAAGAACCUCAGCGAACUUCACCUGACGGGUAAUUUGAGCGCUGAGAACAAUCGUUUUAUCGUGAUCGAUGGGCUGAGAGAGCUCAAAAGUCUCAAAGUUCUGCGCCUGAAAAGCAACCUGACCAAGCUUCCACAGGUGGUGACUGACGUGGGGGUGCACCUCCAAAAGCUCUCCAUCAACAACGAGGGUACCAAGCUGAUGGUGCUCAACAGCCUGAAGAAAAUGGUCAACCUGACGGAGCUUGAGCUUAUCCGCUGUGAUCUUGAACGCAUUCCACACUCCAUAUUUAGUCUGCACAACCUUCAGGAGAUUGACCUGAAGGACAACAAUCUGAAGACGAUUGAGGAGAUCAUCAGCUUCCAGCACCUGCACCGCCUCGUGUGCCUGAAGCUCUGGUACAACCAGAUCGCCUACAUUCCUAUUCAGAUAGGAACACUCACCACCCUGGAGAGGCUGUAUCUGAACCGAAACAAGAUUGAAAAGAUCCCCACCCAGCUUUUCUUCUGCCGCAAGUUGCGCUUUUUAGACCUGAGCCACAACAAUCUGACCAGCAUCCACGCUGACGUGGGCUUCCUCCAGAAUCUGCAGUACUUCGCUGUGACGGCAAACAGGAUCGAGACUUUGCCUCCGGAGCUGUUCCAGUGUAAGAAGCUACGUACGCUGAACUUGGGGAACAACUGCUUGCAUACGCUGCCGUCGCGCUUCGGAGAGCUCACUGGGCUUACCCAGCUGGAGCUGAGGGGGAACCGUCUGGAGUGCCUCCCGGUUGAGCUCGGAGAGUGCCGACUGUUGAAGAGGAGCAGUCUGGUCGUGGAGGAAGAUCUGUUCAACACUCUGCCGUCAGAAGUCAAAGAGCAGCUUUGGAGGGCUGACAAAGAGCAAGCUCCCUUCACACUCGACCCGCUUGGAAACAUCUUUUUACGUGAACAAAAUGACUGAUGAAGUUCAACAAAAUCAUCCCACAGGUGAUUUCACAGCUAAGGCCUUAACUCUGAGGACUUGAUCAAAAACAACUUCAAAGAAGAGCCAUCAGAUACCCAGAGGAACUUAAAUGGGAACAAACUUUACGGUGCAAUGUCUAAAUGCCCUGUAGUCGUUAAAUUAUAGCAUCCUCCCGUGCGGCAGACUGUUAACUGCGCGACAAGCUGCGGUGGAGAAAUGUAACUUUCUUCUUGGGCUCAUUACUCUUCAUCACAAAACAUGUUUACUACUAAGUGUGUGACAUAGGCAUUGGCUUAUUCGGACUUAAAAGUCGAACAUUACAAAUGUGUCUUAAUGAGUUGUGUGAGAGGAGCUUUGUAUCCAUUUAAGUGUUUGAAAAAAAAAAAGGGAAGACUUUAUUAUAAUGUGCUAAUAUGUAAUUAUGACUGAACAUUUAUUCUUAGCUUCUGGAGAAAUCCCGAUAGUCAGAUAUCUUAAGUGACCUUUGCUCAUUUCAGAGCUUAUAUAUUUUGCUUCACAGACUAAAAUGUAAAUCGAUACUCUCUCCCCUAUUUGCAUUAACGGUUAGCUUCACAGACGCAAUCACGGUUAAUUUCUUCAUUUUGAUGUCGAAAUGGAAAAUAUAAUGCGAACUUGCACAAAUGUUUAUCUUUUUUUUUUUUUUUUUUUUUUUUAAGGCAGUAGAUCCAAUCCAAUAAGAUGAAUUCAUGUAAAUUAAUUCUCCACAUAUGUUGAAUGUUAUCUAACAUCUGCGCAACACCUGUAGAGAGACGAGCAGAAGCUGUGAAACUGAGGUCAAGAAAUGCUGAAUCAAGCACUCAGACAUCUCUGUGCGAGCUCUUUGUGUAAAUGUAUCAUGCUCAGUUUGCCCCCGGCCAAAGUGGACAUUUGUUUAUUCAUUCACAAGGCAAAUGAAGGCAAACAGGAAAUUGCAGAGUGAAGGGAACUGGUUUUAACCAGCUCCUCCCUCCCAAAAGGAAGUUAUAGUUUGUUGGGAACGUCUGCAGAAUAUGUGAUAUCCACCAUCGCAGGCAGCAACAUGAUUAGUCUGCUUGAAACACUUUUCUUGUUUAGACCUGGGAUUUAAUAGCAUCAUUUGGAGUACCGUAGAUCUAUUAUGUUUGCUCCUGCCAGACAUCACUACUUGCGAAUACGGCCUUAGUUUUUACAAGCUAUACCCUGUUAAUGAUCACAAACGUAAUCGGCUCUCUUUCUUUCUUUUUUUUUUUUACUUGUGCAGUAAAAUGUAUAGCUCAAAUACUUAAGGUCUUUGUUUUAAUGUGCAUCAUUUUGUUUUAUUUUUGCCAGAUGUUUCCUUUUGAAUUUUAGCUUGAUAAGGGAUUCAAAGAAAGUUUUAUUUCAGUGUGUUUUUUUUUGUUUUGUUUUCCCCUCAUCUAAGGCCUUGGCUAAAUACAGAUGCCUCUCUGGGGAUCACUAGUAAAGAGAUCUCACACAGUCUUAAUGUACAGAACAGAAAGCUUCGGUGUUUCAUGUGUUGACUGGAAACCAGUUUUAAACUUUAAGGGAAAAGUCAGAGACACAGACAACAUGGAAAUACAGUUGUUCAAAGGAAAUCACACAUUUUCCAACAAGAGUCAAAUCUUCAAGCAAAAUAAUUUAAUGCCAUAUCCAUUGUCUUAAUAAUGAAUCCACUUUUACUCUAAUGUUGUUUUUUUCCCCCUUUCUUUUGAAACAUGUCGGAUGCAAAAAAAAAAAUGAAACGUGUGAAAAUAAGUAACAUACAUUCAUGUGAAAAGAAAAUGCAUCCUCUUGCAAACAGUCAAAAUAAUCAUGAAGACAUAAUAAAAGAUCAUGAAACUGAUUUAAUAAUAAUGAUACAUUUCCUUUAUUUGUCCCACAAUGGGGAAAUUCUUUCUCUGCAUUUAACCCAUCUCUAGUUAGACUAGUAGCAGUGGGCUGCCAUUUGCACAGCGCUCGGGGAGUAGCCGGGGUUAAGGGCCUUGCUCAGGGGCCCAAAGUGGUUCACCUUGGUUGCAAUCCAGCGGCUUGAACCGGGGUCCUCCAGACCUCUGCCCACCUCUCUAACCACUCCCACAAUCUCAGAUGAACAACAAAGCAUUACACUCUGUAAUUGCGUAUAAACUAAUACUGGAUCAAAAUGCAGAAGAAUGGCUAGAAGAGGAUUUUUUUUGAUUUUUAUGGGAUGUUACUAACAAAAUCAAGUGGACUUUUUCAGCUGGCCCUUAGUAAGUGUGACGACCUGUAUAAAAGCCAAAUGGCAAAAGGACGUCAACGCUGGCAGAAAUGAGAGUAGUGAUCAGUUUUACAGCGAGAAAGAUUCACAAAUGCGUUCACAAAACAUUGACAGUGGACAGUCUUUCCCUGAGCGGAUGUCCCAUUAACAUCACUCCAAAGUCAGAUUCUCCGAGAAAUCCUAUGAUACUUUAUUACUGUAUUUUUUUUUUUAUUUUUUUUUUUUUUGGUGGUUAACACUGUUGCCAACAGAUUGAUUUGAAUCUCUGCAGGGUCUUGUUGGUUGUUUUUUUUUUUUUUUCCCUGUCUUUAUAUUAGUAAAGAUGGUUCUGGACAAACUUGGACCAAUGAGACAAAAAUGUCAAUCUUUAUUUUGAAGUGAAAGUUCUGGUUGAUAUAUAUAACCUAAAUUUUAUUCUUGGCUUAACAUUUAAAGUCGAUAUUAAUCUAGAACAUCAAGAGUGCCAUGGGAAACUUCCUCAGGGCGUCACCAGGUACUCAUCCAUGCCUAUAUGGCAAAAAUCUGGUAUUUUUAAACAGACUAUGCAUAUUAAUAGUAAUUUCUCACUACAUAUCUAGAACCAAGUCUCACUUCUUUUCUUUUUUUUUUUUUUUUUGGUUCCUGGCCAGAAUGUCGAGUACGUGCUCUAAUAAUUUUCCAAGGAGUUGCCUCUGUUAUGUUUCCUGACCUCUAGAGCCGUGACUCACCGACACACUCACUUCCCUCUGAGUCACGCGCUUCACUGGGAGCCCACUCUGCUUCCCUUCGCAUCAGCGUCGCCGAAUCGGGUGAAGGUCUGAGUUGAGGUCAGAAGUUUGCAUGUCUCCAAGGAAGUCUUGGCGUCAUGCUGCCAGGUUAUACGAACACGUCAGCACUUAUGUUUUAUGUCAUUAUUAUGUCAAAAGUGGCCCGUUUUCAUCUAAACACACCUUUUUGUUAUAAACGUGCAAAUGUGCUACACUUUUUUUCAGUGUUUAUUUUCUAAUGUUAUCCUUGUUUCAGUGUAAAAUAUCAGAAAUGUACAUUAAUGUAUGCCUUACAUAUAUUAAUUUGCUCCGAACCGCAUGCCGAGCUCACUCUUUUGCAGAAUUCGCCGGUUUGGAUCAGAGCAGACUGGAAGUGGCUCUGAGAAAAUUGAACAGAAAUGACUGACAAUCUUACAGGAAGUGGAAGCAAACAAUUAAACACAAUCUGCUAAAAACCUGAAAACUUGUACGGGGUUUCACAGUCACCUUAGUGUCAUCUUAAUUGCCCAAAAUGUCAGUAUUGGUAAGCGGCCGGGAUUGCAGUUGUAUCCAUUUCUUUCUCUAAAUACAUGAUUGUAUUUACCAUGUACGACAAAUGAAUCUCUGUAUUUUGAUGCCUGUAAAUUAGGAAGAUUCCAGGAGUAUAUUGGUUUCAUUUUUGGGGGUAUUGCUUCAUUUUUGUUUUGAAACUUGAGUUUGUUGAUGCUGGACCUGUGUGCAGUGCAGCCGCGUUGACAACCGCCCACCUCACCCCCCCUCCAAGCAACGAUCUAGUUGACUAUAAACUGUAAGCGGACUGGACAGACUUGUGUCUGCAUCAUGUGUGACAGCCUUUAUCAAUUAAUACAUUUUUGCCAAGUUAAUUGAACAUUGGCUUUUUAAGUGUCUGUAACAGUGGAUCUUUGAUUUCUAAAUGGUCAGACUCUACUUUUGUACCAUUCUGACACAUGACAAUAAAAUAAACACUAAACUCUG